AUGGUUAGGGAAUAUAACAGUGCAGUAGAUAAUCAUUAUCUAAUGGUAGAGUUUGAUGAAUUAAUUGAUGCUGUUAACAGCACGGGGAUUUACUAUGACCUUGAUUAUAAAAUAAAAUACACUACUGACCUCUAUAAUAAAUUAGACACAGAGACAAAGAGGGGAGGAAAAGAUGGAGCAAAAAUUGCAAAAGCAUGGGAAAUUAAUGGCACUGAACAUGCGGGUUCAACAAAAACCACAGCGGAUCUAAAAAAUGAACUCAAAACUUUCGCAAAGGCACUCGAUAGUACACUUAAGAAAAAAGGAGCAGAAAUAAAAUUAGUGGGAAAAGUAAAGGGAGGAGAUGCUAAUUAUCAAAAAUAUGAGGAAGAAUUCAAGAAAAAAAGUAGCGAGGAAGUUGAAACGGGAGUUUCUGCCGAUAAAGAUUUAGCAACAUUAGAAACAACACUGGGAAUAACUGUUGCUGAAAUUCCAGAAAGUCAAUUUUCUUCUCAUGUUGCCAUUUCGGAAAAAAUGAAGAAGAAAGAAGAUUCUAAAAAGUUAAGAGAAUUAGCCAAUAAAAUCUUGGCUCGCAAACAAGAGGUAAUAGAUUUAAUUGAAGGGCUAGUUAGCGGCGAUGGAAGCGGAAACAAAGUAAAUUGUCCGCAAUGUAAUAAACAAUUUGCUACUCUUCCAGUAUCCCAUAAUGGAAAAAAAUAUUGUAGCGACAAAUGUAAAAAUGAAGCCAAUAAAGGUGGCGAUAAAUAUAACUGCACUAAAUGUCAGAAAGAAUUCAGUGGUUCUCCUGUGGUUAAAGACGGCAAAAACUAUUGUAUUCAGUGUAGUGCGGAGGAAAAACCAGACAAAGGAAAUAUUUCCCAAGCCAAAGCAACAGCAAUUCAAGCCAUUAAGAAUGCUUUAAACGAAAGUCCGCAAGGCUCAGAAUUGCGAGACGUCAUCAAAAAAGCCGAAAAAUUUGCUGGGAAAACAUGUUAUGAUGGCGACAAAGAGGAAAUUAAAAAGACAAUUAAAGAAGCAGUGGAAAAUAAAAUGACCGCCUGUGGAAUUAAGGAAGAGGAAUUAGGUUCUGAAGAGAAAAAAAUUCUCGCCAAAAUUAAAAAUAAGGAACAUAGUGAUAAAGACCAACUAAAAACCGACAAAAAUAAACUAUUGGAAUUUAUUGGUAAGAAAGAAGUAGAUAAAAAAAUCCAAGCCUUAGAAAAAGAAGUAGAGGCCGUUUUAAAAUCAAAAAACCAGGCCAAAAAAGAAACUAUCAAGGAUAAAAUAUUAACCCUAUUAGGCGAAGAUAAUAUUUAUGUUGAAAAACGAAAGACCGACCUGGAUAAUCUCUUUAAAAAAUUAACUGAAACUUCCAGCAGUAGCCCUACUGAUAGUUUUUUCUCGACCGCGGAGUCGCUUACGGCCAAUAAUCUCGUUCUGGCCGUUUAUCGUCAUGUUACUAAUCCCGAAUGUCGCCAAUAUUUACUGCGACAAGCUUUUGAAGAAGCAGUUCAUACCGAUACUUUUAUUUAUUGUUGUGAUAGUUUAGGUUUAAAUCCAGAUGAAAUAUAUAACAUGUAUCUAACUAUUCCUUCUAUUGAAGAGAAGGAUAAUUUUGUUAUCGAGUUAACUAAAUCGAUAUUUGACCCUAAAUUUGAAAUUAAGGAUGAUAAAGAUAUUCAAAUUUUCCUCCACGAUUUAAUCGGCUAUUAUGUAAUAAUGGAAGGAAUAUUUUUCUACGCUGGCUUUGCCAUGAUGUUAGCCUUAAAGCGCAGUAAUAAAAUGGUUGGUAUUGGUCAACAAUUUGAGUUCAUUAUGCGUGAUGAAAGUUUACAUUUAGGAUUUGCAGUAGAAUUAGAAAAAAAAUAUGCCUUGGAUGCUUGCCCAGAAGGAGUAACCGGAAUUAAUGCCGAACAAUUUAGUAAAUAUGUUGAAUAUGUGACCGACCGCCGCUUAGAAAGAAUUGGCUUACCAAAAUCUUAUUUUGUUGCCAAUCCUUUUCCCUGGAUGUCACAGAGUGUCGAUUUAAAUAAAGAAAAAAACUUUUUUGAAACGCGCUUGACUGAAUAUCAAACUGGUUCGCUUGAUUGGGACGAAGAGGAGGAAAAAUAG